CUCCUUUAACUUUUUUUUUUUUUAAAUUAAAAGAAGAGUUUAAUUUUAAAUUUUUAAUAUUCAUUUUUUCAUUUCCUCAAAAUUUGAAUUUUAUAAUUGUAUCACUUUGUUAUAAUAGUAAAAAUUUAAUAGUUAGUAUAUAUAUAGAUUUUUUUUUUAGAAAGACACUUUAAAAAAAAGAGGGAAAAUAAAAUAAUUAUGACAUCAUCAGUUAGCAAUUUAUUAACCUCCGAUAAAGAGACUUUAUGUCUUAGAUCAUGGAAUCCAAAAACCAAACCAAUUGCCACAGUUACAUUUAUUCAUGGUUUAGGUGAACAUUCAGGUCGUUAUGAACAUGUUUUUAGCAAAUUUGCAGAUGAAGGUAUCAAAGUUAAUGCAUUCGAUCAAAGAGGUCAUGGUGUUAGUACUGGUGUUAGAGGUCAUUCACCAUCACUCGAACAAUCACUUAAAGAUAUUCAAUUAAUUGCAUCAACUGCAGAAUCAGACUUACCACAUUUUAUUUAUGGUCACAGUUUUGGUGGUUGUUUAGCUCUCCAUUAUAAUUUAAAAAAGAAAGAUCAAUCACCAUCUGGUUGUAUUGUUACCUCACCAUUAAUUAGAACUACAUUCAAGGUUCCAGGUUUCAAACUUGCAAUGGGUAACUUUUUUGGUAAAAUUAUGCCAACUGUUUCAACCUCCAACAAUAUUGAUCCAUCAUUCAUCUCACGUGACCCAGAAGCCGUCAAAGAAUACAAAGAAGAUAAAUUAGUUCAUGCUAAAAUCACUCUUGGUAUGGGUAAAUGGUUACUUCAACGUUCAGAACAAUUAAUUGAAUUAGCUCCAGAAUUUGACACUCCA